ACCAACCAUUGAAGACAGACGUGCGCGGCACCGUAAUCAGACAUAGGUCGGCAAAGUUUUUAAAAACUGCUUCAAGUCCGCGGCGCGCGCAUGCGUCGUUCGUACCUAACAAUGUUGUUUUGAACAAUAAUAUUUCGUUAUUUAUCAAGUGCUGUGUAAAAUCUGUUUAUUUUGGAUUUUUUUCGCUCUGUAAAGAGUUGUGUGAUAAGCAUCUACUGGUUCGAAUGUUCUGAAUACUAGGACUCUAUGAUGUACGAGUGCUUUCUUGAAAUAGCUUUCGAGGCGGAGUUGAAUACAAAAGAGGACCCCGAGUUGUUGGAAAUUGCUCCAAAAAUAUGUAACGAGAAUUCAAGUACCAGGGGAACAGCCAUCACGGAGUUAAGGAAAAUGAUAUUUGAUCGAGGAGAAUGUGACCCAAUCCGCACUGACGAUGCAUUUUUGCUGCGCUUCCUUCGAGCUAAAAAUUUCAUUGUACCAAGAGCACAUAAACUUCUAGUCCGCUACUGCACAUUUCGAGAGGAAUACCCCCAUCUUCACCAAGAUGUGGACCUGUGGGGGCUGAUGAAGGUCGGCGAUGUUUUCGGUUGCUGCAUACUGGACCGCCCUGAUAUUGGGAGACUGUCGAUCUUGAAGUUUGGUAUGUGGGAUCCCUCAGAAUAUCCUGUUGACGAUUUGGUCAGAACUGGUUUAGUGUUAGCAGAGAUUGGUCUCCGGCAGCCGAAGAUGCAGGUCCUUGGCGGCACCGUGAUCGUUGAUCUGGUUGGGCUCAGCUUACGACAGGUGUCAGCACUAACGCCGACCCUUGCGUACCAAAUUGUGUCUAUUAUGGGGGGCGCAGCGCCAACCCGAAUGAACUCCUGCCACAUUAUCAACUACAACUGGCUCCUCAACACCUUCUUCUACAUAUUCAAGAAGUUCAUACCCCAGCAUGCCUGGGACAGGAUUCAUUUCCAUGGCAGUGACUUGAAGUCCCUACAAAAACACAUAGACCCUGAAUGCCUCCCUACGCAAUACGGUGGAACCUGUAGGAACUAUGUAAAUUGUACAAAAUGGCUGAAAAAGAUUAAGAAAUACAGAGAUGAGCAGUUCGAUAGAGAUAUGAAGCAACUAGGAUAUAUUAUUAAGGAAUAGUAAUACAUCAUAAAUAAUAAUGGUAUUUGGUCGAGUCAUUCUUUGUGAUGUAUUUAGUUUUGUCCUUUGUACAUUAAGAGCUAGCGCGCAAGUCGAGCAAAUUUUGUCUCCGCAACUAUUUUGUCUCUUCCAUCAACUCUAUGGGUAGUUGCGUCGCUGUUGCUCUUGCUCGCUAGAUUUUAUAAGCAGAUGCAAGAAAUAAAUUAUUGGUGCAA